CUGCUGCGGCAGUGCGCCCAAGAGCGGACUCCGAGAGACCAGCGGACCUCGGCACACCGGCGGCCUCUGGCAGCGCUCGCACUCAACCACCCACCUACCACUCCCGGAACCAUGGCGGCAGUGGCGGCGGCCUCCGCUGAACUGCUCAUCAUCGGCUGGUACAUUUUCCGCGUGCUGCUGCAGGUGUUCCUGGAAUGCUGCAUUUACUGGGUAGGAUUCGCUUUUCGAAAUCCUCCAGGGACACAGCCCAUUGCGAGAAGUGAGGUGUUCAGGUACUCCCUGCAGAAGCUGGCAUACACCGUGUCGAGGACCGGGCGGCAGGUGCUGGGAGAGCGCCGGCAGCGAGCCCCCAACUGAGGCCCCAGCCCCCAGCCCUGGGCGGCCGUGUCACCAGGUGCUCCUGUGCAUCUCGACCAGCAUGGGAGCCAGUGCCGCGCAGGAACGGGGGGUCCCCUGUGCUCCCUCGCCAUAGGAGCACUUGCCAAGGUCAGUGAGGGGCCGGUAGGCCCCCGGAGAAGCAGCACCGACAAUGAUGACAAUACCAGAACCUUUCCAAACCCCUCUGCACCCGUCCCACUGCCAGGCGGGGUAGAGGGAGGAGGGGGGUUUGGGGGAGCAGACCCCUGAGAUCUGGGCAUAGGCAGUGCAUUCUUAUCUGGACCAAGUUGGGACAGCAACAUCCCAGCCCGGAAACCACGGCCACGCCAGCAGGCCCCACACCACAGAGAUCCAGACAACCACACCAGCCAGCAGAAUGGACACUCCAGCACCACCAGCCGAAGCCCUGAAUCUCGGUGCAGCAGACAAGGCGCCAACUGCGUGCCAGUGUGGCGGGACUGGAGGGCGAGGGUGAGGGAGGAGGCGGGUGAAGAAACAGAGUGGGCCCUCUCACUGUCCCUUGCCUACAGCACGUGCAUUCCAGCCUUGCUGCCUUUGCUCCCUCAAUUCCCCCUCCCUCUCACUGCCUCCCAAGCCCGCCCCACCCAAAAGAAAUGGAUCACUCAAUUUGGACCUAUACAACCAGUAAACAAACCCCAUCUUUACUAAAACACCUUCUCCGAGCCCCCAGCCCCUCACUGAUCUUGCUUUUCCCUGGUCUCACGCAAUUGUGGUCAAUGUUGUGGUAAUCGCUAAUUGUACUGAUUGUAUAAGUGUGCAUUAGUUGUGUCUCCCCAGCUAGAUUGUAAGCUCCUGGAGGACAGGGACCACCUCUACAAAAAAUAAAAAACCAGUAC